AUGUCGACCCCACCGAACACAUCCAACACCACCUUCAUCCUCCCCACCGCCGGCGCCGGCGUCCAAUCCAUCACAUCAAUCACGUCUCCUAUCCCUACCCCCAAAGCGCACGAAGUCCUCGUCCGCAUCCACGCCGUCUCCCUCAACUUCCGGGACUAUGCCAUAGCCAGCGGGAGAUAUCCCCUCACAUUGAAGGAGAAUUUGGUGCCGGGAAGUGAUAUGGCGGGGGAGGUCGCUGCGGUGGGUGACGGGGUUGAGGAGUGGAAGGUUGGGGAGAGGGUGACUGCAAAUUUUGAUCAAGGACAUCUCUACGGGGCUUCGCGCAAGACAGGACUAGCACUAGGCGGUACCCUCGACGGUGUCCUCACCCAAUACCGCAUCUUCCCUUCCGUAGGCCUCCUUCGCGUCCCCAAGCAUCUCAGCUACGAAGAGGCGGCGUGUUGGCCUUGCGCGGGAGUAACGGCCUGGAAUGCGUUAUUUGGUGCGAUUAGGCUUCUUCCAGGGCAGACGGUGUUAUGUCAAGGGACUGGUGGGGUGUCAAUUAUGGCGCUUAUGUUUGCCAGUGCGGCGGGGGCAAAAACGAUUAUUACCUCCAGCUCGGAUGAGAAAUUGGAGCUCGCAAAGAAACUUGGCGCCACACACACGAUCAACUACAAAACCCACCCCGACUGGGAGAAACUCGUCCUCGAUCUCACGGACGGCGAAGGCGCGCACCAUAUUAUCGACAACGUCGGCAUCAACGAGAUCGAGAAAUGUUUGAACUGCGUUGCUAGCGGCGGAAGCAUCGACUGCAUUGGUUUCCUCGGCGGUCACUCGAAGGAGACGCCUAACGUUCCGUUACUGGCGAUCAUGAGAAAUGCUAUUGUUCGCGGUGUCUACGUCGGGUCGAAACAACAGUUCGAGGAGUUGCUCAAGUUCGUGGAGACAAAGGGUUUGAGACCGCAUAUUGAUAAGGUAUUCAAGUUCGAAAAUACCGUGAAGGCGAUCGAGUAUCUCGGCGCGGGACAGCAUACGGGAAAGAUUGUUGUCAAGGUUGUUGAGUGA